GCCGCGGAUACUUUUUUGGACGCGGCGAGCUUGGCCGCUUCAUGGCACAUUCGAUUGCGCGGAUAGAUGCCGACAGCGCAGCGACUCCACCGAUACUGGUCGAUGGACAUGGUGCUAGAUGACGCCGUGGAUGCGCCUCUGGCGGAGCUAUCUAUCUCCAACCUCGUUCUGUGGCCAGCGCAGCGCAUCACGUACACGCGUCUGCUGUUCUGUGCAGGCUACGUGGGAAUGUCCCUAGUUGCUUUCAUGGCGUGUGUGAUGCUGCUCGGACUCUAUGUCGCCUUGCUUCCAUGCACGAUUGUCGAUGCGCUGUGGCGCUACCACGUCCAUGGCUGGCACCCUCGGUGGUUGCACCACAAUGUAACCCUCGCUGUCGUCGAGCUCCUUGUCUUUUGUGCGACGUGGAUGCACAACAUAGUGUGCCCCAAGCCGCUGUGCAUCCACUUGCAAACGAGUGAUGGCGAUGCCCUGCUAGCGUACGAGCGAUCGCCAAUCCUCCGACACCGGCAUGCCAUCGCUCCAUACUGCUGCAAGAUCAAGACCGAGUGGGAGUCGUGGCGCGACGUUCGAAGAGCAGCCAUGUACUUCUUGGUGGUGCGGCCAGCGCUGUCCGGAUUCGCCAUUGCAUGGGCGGCUUACGUUGUCGCAUGCGUCGCCGCGGUGGCGCUGGCAUUGGCGCAUUGGCACGACGGCGUGCAUUUUGCAUUUUUCACGCGAGAACAAGGCCGCGUGCAAGAUGCGCUUGGAACGUUUGUGGUGGCGAUGGCGCUCAACUGCGGUGUCGUUGUCGGAUUUCGCAUGUGUGUCGUCCGCGUCAUGUGCUGGGCCACGCGGCGCUACUGCUGCGAACUGUUGUAUCCGCCUUGGAUUCACAGGACGUCCAUGACCGAAGUCAGCGCCACCAUGGAACCGUUUGCGUGAGCCGCCGUGGUAUUGCACAUGCAUGUGGUGGCAUGGUCCAGUUUAAUUUGUUGAAACAUGUCGUGAUGUCCUGGC